AGGCAUGAUCUUGGAGAGCCAUGAGGACACAUCGGACUUGAGGAGGGAGGUACAAGAGAACAGAUCUUUCAUCGUUCGCAUCUUGCAGGCUGUGGAGAAAGCGUCGUCGGACUGCCAAUCUCAAACGAGCAAUGUGAUGAAGCGAGUUGACGGGCUUGAGUCUCGUCUCGAGUCUCUGGAGCAUGGGCUCAAGCUGCAGUCCGAACACACGCGCAGCCUCCUCAUCGCCUUGGAGGCUCAGGGGGAGACAGUGAGGGACCUGCGAGAGCAGUUGUACUCCGUGCAGGUGAGACUGGAAGACUGCGCCAAAGACCACAAGAGCUUGAGCAGACUCGAAAGCACCUUGGAAAGCCUCUCCUCUAGGAUGGAGCGAAGAGUUGACAACGCCUUGACCAAGCUCGAAGAGCAAGAGAUCCGUCUGGAGCGGCACCUGGGCGACUCAUCACUGCAAGCGGCCAAGCUAAAGCAGGAGGUGGACAAGGAGCUGGACGCUCAGAGGAGCGCGCAGGACCACGAGAAGGAGAGGCUGAGCAGCAAGCUCGCCACUGCCCUUGAAGGAUUUCGCGUUGCAAAUCAGGAGGUGUCAAAGACCCUGGAGCAGCAGGAAUCAAGGCUCUCUGCCGUAGAGAGAAAAGUUGAGAGCGUCGGCUCUCUCGUCAACGAGCAUGAUGUGAAGCUGUCGGAGCAGCUCAAGGCCCUUUCACAGAGCGUUUAUACCAUGAUGCAAGAGCAGAAAUCCUCGUUUGACCUCCAACUUCGCAGCUACAAGGAUGAGAUCGAUCCUCGGAUGUCAAAGCUGGAGGGUCGGCUGCGAUCUCUGUCUCCGGACGUGAGGGUAGAGCAUUCGUCCAGGGCUGCUGAGCAGAAAGCUGAGAUCCAGGCGAGAAUAUCGCGACUCGAGAAGGCCUGGCCUACUCUCCAUCCUCGAGCCGCCGCUACGGUGGUGCCCAAGAGCUACGACGGGGCUCCUGGCACGCCCACGUUUGACCGCAUGCACACUGCUUCCUACUUGGAUGGGACAGACUUGGAGAUUUCCCGCAGUGAGAACACUGAGAUCGUGUCGCCUCCUCUCAACCACAGCGUGCUGCAUUGA